AUGACUUCCACGUUUGAAUCACCAGCAUCUGAAGACAAUGGCACACCAGAACCUGAAGCAGAGAAUAUACCAAAUACAAAUCCUUCUCAACUCUUCUCAACCAAUAAAUCUCCACAUCAUAGAAAACAGGCAAGGAUAAAUGCUCUUCAAGACAUAACUAAUGUAGCAAUUAACCUGUCAAAGAAGUUUGGUAAUGCUGAUGUCGAAGAGGAGUUAUCUACUGAUGAUGAUACCAAUCCAAAUGAAGACCAUGAGUGUAUUGUUCUGGCUGGUGUGGCUGAAAGUAAUGCUUUAGAUUACUUGGAUGAGGGUGAUCCAACUAAUGUCUGCAAGUUUUGCCAAGCUCAAAUGUGGUUUAAUGAAAGGGCUAAAAGAGAUAGAGGCUCAAUAACUAAUGGGUUUUCUUUGUGUUGCCUCAAGGGAAAAGUGUUAUUGCCACCAAUGCAUUCUCCUCCUCAAUUUAUAAAGGACUUAUUCUUUAACAAAACACUUCCUGAGUCAAAGAAUUUUCGCUCCAAUAUUCGUGCUUAUAAUAGCAUGUUCUCAUUUACAUCUAUGGGUGGUAAGAUAGAUCAUUCAAAAAAUAAAGGUGGUGGUCCAUACACCUUCAUUCUGACAGGGCAAAAUUACCAUAGAAUAGGCAGUCUUUUGCCUAUUGAGGGGUCCAGACCAGUGUUCUCUCAACUCUAUAUUUAUGACACGGAGAAUGAAGUUUCCAACAGAAUCUCAGCCGUUAGUAAUUAUCAAAGUCAGGAAGGUAUUGAUCCAGUGAUUGUAGACAAGAUCCGAAUUACUUUGGAUGAAGUGAAUCCAUUUGUCAAACAAUACCGUUUGGCAUCAGCAAUGAUUCAAAGUCAUCUACCUUAUAACAUGAAAUUAGCAUUACUUAGUAAGCGAGAUAAGGAUGGACGCACAUAUAAUGUACCGACAUGCUCUGAAGUUGCUGCACUCAUUGUAGGAGAUAUUGAUCAAGCAUUCCAUCCUAGAGAUAUUAUUGUUGAGGAACUACCAGGCACAGUGCAACGUAUCAAUGAGUUACACCCAUCUUAUCUUCCUCUUCAAUACCCAAUCUUAUUUCCACUCGGAGAAGAUGGGUAUAGAGAUGAUAUAUACCAUCGAGAAGAGACUCUAGGAACUACAAAGAAGAAGAAAACUGUUAGCAUGAGAGAAUUUUUUGCCUACAGACUCAUGAUGAGAGACAAUGAAAUUUCAACUAUACUUCAUGCAAGUAGGCUUCUUCAACAAUUUAUCGUUGAUAGUUACACUAUGAUGGAGUCUCAAAGACUUCAUUGGAUUAGAACACACCAGAAAGAACUCAGGGGUGACUUGUAUCAAGAUCUAUUAGAUGCGAUUCUAACAGGGGAAACACAAGCAUCUUCAACUGGUAAACGCAUCAUUUUACCAUCUUCAUUCACUGGAGGAGCAAGAUACAUGAUCCAGAACUAUCAGGACGCGAUGGCAAUCUGUAGAUGGGCUGGUUACCCAGAUCUUUUUAUUACUUUCACAUGCAAUCCUGCAUGGCCAGAAAUCAAACGAUACUGCCAGAAAUAUAAUCUUUCCUCGACAGAUAGGCCCGACAUCCUAUGCAGAGUCUUCAAGAUGAAACUACAAUCAUUGUUAAAGACAAUCAAGGACAAGAAAAUUUUUGGCACCAUACGUGCAGAGAUCUAUACAGUUGAGUUCCAAAAGAGGGGUCUUCCACAUGCACACAUUCUUUUAUUCUUACAACAAAAUGACAAAAUCAAGAGCCCCAAAGAAAUUGACAACAUAAUUUCUUCUGAGAUUCCAGAUAAGGAUUCCUAUCCCUUGCUAUAUGAUUUGGUUGGGACAUACAUGAUGCAUGGGCCAUGUGGUCAUAGCAAUAAAAAGUCCCCCUACAUGAAGGAUGGUAAAUGUAGCAAAUACUUUCCCAAAAAAUUUAAUGACAAAACAAUAGUUGAUGAAGAUGGCUACCCGACGUAUAAAAGGAGAGAUGAUGGUAGAACAAUAGAAAAAAAUGGUGUUCCUUUAGAUAAUCGUUUUGUUGUGCCAUAUAAUUCUUAUCUUCUUUACAAGUUCCAGGCUCAUGUCAAUAUUGAGAAAACAAAUCAAUCAACUUCUAUCAAAUAUUUGUUCAAGUACAUAAACAAAGGAAAUGAUAGAGUUAUUGCUUCACUUUAUUCAAGUUCUGGUGAAGGGGGCCAAUCCAUCAUUGAUGAGAUCAAGCAGUACUAUGAUUGUAGGUAUGUCUCCUCUUGUGAAGGCUGUUGGCGAAUAUUUGCAUUUGAUAUCCACCACAGGUACCCCUCUGUUGAGAGAUUAAGUUUCCACCUUCCUAAUGAGCAGUACAUUGUAUACUCUGGUGAUCAAGAUGUUUCUUCAUUGCUUAAUAAACCAAGAGUCUGUGAGUCGAUGUUUCUUGCUUGGAUGAAGUGUAAUCAAGAUAAGAAAGAUAAAUUUGCAAGAUCACUUACAUAUGGUGAAUUCCUUCAAUAUUAUGUGUGGCAACGGAAUAAUAGGUUGUGGAAAAAAAGGGAAAAGGGUUUCGCAGUGGGUCGGAUAGGUCAUGCAUCACCAGCAUCUGGGGAGAGAUAUUACCUUCGUAUUCUAUUGACUAAGGUUAAAGGGCCACGUUCAUAUGAUGAGAUCAAAACUGUUGAUAAUAUUGUGUACCCCACUUUUAGAGAAGCAUGUUAUGCACGUGGACUUCUAGAUGAUGAUAAAGAAUAUAUAGAUGCAAUUAAAGAAGCAUCAAUUUGGGCAACAGGGAUAACGUUGAGAAAAAUGUUUGUCAGCAUGUUGUUGUGUUGUUGCCUUAGUCGCCCUGACAUAGUUUGGAAAGAAAGCUCCAAGAUACUUUCAGAGGAUUUGUUUUACAUUCCACACAAUGAUGAAACAUACUCAAGUCUGCAAAUUUCACAAGAAGAUAAAGAAGAAGCUGCUCUCAAAGAGAUUGAAUCACUCUUACAAAAAUUAAAUUAUGACAAAGUUGCAUUACAAGAUCAAUCUGAGAGAUUAUUACAAUUAUUGACUGAUGAACAACAAGAGAUCUUCCAAUGUAUCAUUGCCUCUACAUCUUCACAUGUUGGUAACUUUUUCUUUGUAUAUGGUUAUGGAGGUACUGGUAAAACAUUUUUAUGGAAUGCUCUAACUACAACAUUGCGCUCUAAAGGGAAGAUAGUUCUUGCUGUUGCAUCAAGUGCAAUUGCAGCUACUUUGUUACCAUCAGGAAGAACUGCACACUCAAUAUUUGCAAUCCCAAUUGAUAUAAAUGAAGAUUCAGUCUGUAACAUCAGCCAGAGAUCCCCACUUGCAUAUUUGUUGCAACAAACAGAAUUAAUCAUUUGGGAUGAAGCUCCAAUGAUACGUCGCCAUUGUAUAGAAGCAUUUGAUCGCUCACUCAAAGAUAUAAUGCAUUGUGAUCUACCAUUUGGAGGGAAGUCUAUAGUCAUGGGAGGUGAUUUUCGUCAAAUUCUACCUGUAAUUCCUAAAGGUAGCAGGGCAGAUAUUGUCAAUGCAUCCAUAAGUUCUUCGUACUUGUGGAGUUAUUGCAAAAUAUAUAAAUUGACGAAGAACAUGCGGUUGACAUCAUCUUCAUCCUCUUCUGAUCGUGAAAAAAUAGAGAAAUUCUCACAAUGGUUACUAGAUAUUGGAGAUGGCAGGGUUGGAGAAUCAAAUGAUGGCAUUGUAGAUAUUGAAAUUCCAUCAGAGAUAUUGAUUACUUCAUACAAGGAUCCUUUGGCUGCAAUUGUGUCAUCUACAUACCCAGACUUAUUGGAUAAUUUGUCCAACACAGCAUAUUUCAAUGAUCGGGCAAUCCUUGCACCAACUCUUGAGUGCGUUAACCAGAUAAAUGAAUUCAUGUGUGGUAUUUUGCCUGGUGAAUCGGUAGAAUAUUUCAGUUGUGAUUCUGUUUGCAGAUCAUCACAAGAAAGUGACUCAUUCGAGGAUCUUUACACUACUGAGUUCCUUAACACAAUUAAUAGUUCUGGUUUACCUCCUCAUAAACUUACACUCAAGAUUAGUGCACCGGUAAUGCUUCUCAGGAAUGUUGACCAAGCGUCGGGAUUAUGUAACGGUACAAGAUUGCGAAUCACAAAGCUUGGAAAAUGUGUAAUUGAAGCAGUGACACUUAAUGGUUCAAGCCCAAAUCAAAAGGUUCUUAUACAUAGGAUGGAUAUGAAUCCUUCUGAAAAUAGAUGGCCUUUCCGCAUGCAAAGAAGACAGUUCCCAAUCAUUCUUUCAUUUGCAAUGACAAUAAACAAAAGUCAAGGCCAAUCAUUGUACAAUGUUGGUCUUUAUCUGCCAAGACCAAUUUUCACACACGGCCAACUGUAUGUUGCACUUUCUAGAGUCAGAAGCAUAAAUGGGUUGAGAAUAUUGAUUCAUGACAUUGAUAAACAAGCUAAGUCAACCACUACCAAUGUGGUCUUUUAUGAGAUCUUUCAAAACCUUCAAGCUAUAAAUGCAUGA